ACAGCAAAUUAAUCUUAACAAAUUAACAACUAUAUUGUACUCGUAAUAUUGUUGAUCGUGCAACUUCGCGCGGAUCAGUGACCUAGACCCCACUUUUAAUCCUGUUAAGCAAAUUGUUUAUCAUCCAAACAUUUUGUAAUUUGUAUACAGGUAUAAUAGUUUUAUAUAAGGACGUAAUCCCUAAAAUAGAGAAAAAUGGUUCUUUCAAUGGACAGAUGGGUCGGCAAAGUGGCUGUUGUUACAGGAGCUAGUGCGGGAAUCGGAGCAGCUAUUGUCAAACAGUUAGCAGAAGCUGGUCUUCUGGUUGUGGGAAUGGCAAGACGAAAGGAAAGAGUAGAAGAGAUGGCAAAAUCGCUCGGUGAAGUAAAAGGUAAAAUUUACGCAUACAAAUGCGACAUUACAAACCAAACAGAACUGCAAGACGCUUUCAAAUGGAUAACUAAAAACGUUGGUCCUGUUGCUGUAUUAGUAAAUAAUGCAGGCGUUCACUUCAGAACAAGUUUGGUAAAUGGGAAUAUAGAUGCAAUAAGAAAAACGGUUGACACUAAUGUUCUAGCUUUGUGUAUCGCAACUAGAGAAGCCAUCAACAUUAUGAAGGAAAAUAACAUUGAUGGACAUAUUUUCAAUAUCAACAGCGUCCUGGGACACAGUAUUUUUCCAUUUCCCAACCUUGAUAUAUAUCCAGCGACAAAAUAUGGAGUAACUGCUAUAACAGAAACGCUGAGGAGAGAAUUAAUGGAACUUAAAUCUAAGAUCAGAGUAACGAGCGUGAGCCCGGGUGCAGUUGACACUGAAAUCUUUGAUAACAUGAGAGAUUCUCAGUAUUUCAACGAAGUGUUGUCAAAAACUAUAUUAAACCCUGAAGAUAUAGCAGAUGGAGUAUUAUAUGCACUCUCUACACCACCUCAUGUGCAGGUUCACGAGUUAACGAUCAAGCCAGUGGGGGAACAGUUUUAAAUUUAUAUAUUCUUCAAAUAUUUUUAAGUUUAUUUGCAUUAUUUAUCAUCAAUAUAAUAACACUACUUAUUCCAUAAAUGUAUUUCUUAACAAGUUCAAAAUGUUAUAAAUUAGUUAAAUAAAUAAUUUCAAAAUAA